AUGGCAUCGAGUUUUGAUCGAUGGGAAAAAGAUCCUUUCUUUAAAGCGGCCGAAGAAGUUCAGGAAUCUGCAGACAGGAUGGAAUCUACCUAUAGAACAUGGAUUCAUGCAAUGAGGGAUGCGUCCAGCCUAUGGAACUGUGAUGAAGUCCGCCGAGAUCUACAAACUGCCCUUGGCACUGCUAAAUGGCAGUUAGAGGAAUUUGAAAGAGCAGCUCAAUCAAGUUAUAGCAAAGUUUCAACUGAGGAUGCGAUAAAUAGGCACCGAGAUUUUGUUGAUGCCAUCAGUGACAAAAUUAGCAAAGUUGAACUUUUGUUGCAAGAACCUGUUCAUUCAGGUAGCAAGGCAUCUCUGCCUUGGACGCGUAUGGAUGAAGGAGAACGAGAUGAACUAGCGUCAUUUCUUUCGGGAACAUCGGCUGCUGGUGGCAGAGAUGGUGAAAAUCUGCAAUUAAGUGACAAAGAUUCGUUCCCUAAUUGUUCAACCAAUUUAAAUGUUUCAUCUGGGUGGGGGCCAUCUGAAGCAGCACAGGAAAAGUCACUUGGACAUCGCAGGGCAGCCAGCGCUGGUGCUGAUAUUGGUUCUUGGAAAAUCACUGUUUCUGAUGCUGUGCAACAAUCAAGUUCCUCUAAUGGUUCUUCUGGUCUAAUUCCUAUGCAUAAGGUAGCUAGUCUCUCAGGAUUUUUUGGUUCCAUGGAAACUAUCUCUAAGUUGAAGUGGCCUGUGAAUGGUUAUAGAAAGCUGAAACCAGUAAAUCAUUGCGAAGAAACGGAUAAUGCGCUACUACCAUCAGCUGGAUUGAAUGGGGGCACCAAUGCAUGCUAUGAAAACAGUAAGACUUGCCUCGAUAAUUGUGAUGAAUCUUAUGAUAAGCAACUUCAUGGGUGGUACGGGGCUUUGCAAAGGCAGCUUCAAAGAUCUCAAUACCAAAUACAAUACAAUCGGCAUGUUCAAAUAACUGUCUGGGCUGUUAUUCUUCUUUGCUUGAUUGUUUUCAUUGCUUUUUGCACGAUGUAG